AUGGCAUCUACCUCGCAACAGCAGGUGCUGGAUUCAUUGAAAAGUUUCUUGGCAUCCGGUGCCUACUCUGAUCUCAAUAUUAAGUGCGGAAGUGAUACGCACAGAGUCCACAAAGUCAUUGUUUGUGGUCGAGCUGGCUUCUUCGCGCGUGCAAUCAAAUUCGGUGGACAGGAAACGCAAACUGAUCAAAUUGACCUGCCUAAAGACGAUCCAGAAAUAGUAAAACUUCUAGUGCAAUACUUGUACGAGGGCGAAUACGAUCCAGUCCUACCUCCCACUGCACCGCAGACCACGACGCUCGCUGUUGUCACACCGGUUAAGCAUUGGGAUACAACGUCAAAAAGCCUCUCUUUUCCUCAUUCCUGUCAAGGAAUGGGCUUUGACGGCUAUACCUGCAAAUAUGGUCAACUCUGUCCACACCACCGGUGUAGUACUGACUGUAGGUACACGUGCAGAGGAUUUUCUUGUGAGACUUGCGUUAUACCAAGCCUCAUUGGACCUUCGUCACAACUUCUAACGCACGCCAAAAUGUACGAACUGGCCGACAAGUACGAGGUUGUAGGUCUGAAGGAGCUAAGUAAGGAGAAAUUCAGCAGAGGCUGCAAGCUUUUCUGGGAUACCCCAGCUUUCCCUAUCGCCGCUCGUCACGCUUUCUCGACCACACCCGAAAAAGACAACGGUCUUAGAUGUUGCGUAAGCCAAACCAUUGCCUCGAACAUGCAGUUGAUCUGGAAACCCGGGGUCAGGGCACUGCUGAUGCGGUUCAACGGUUUAGCGUUGGGAAUCUUGGAUGCAAAGAGCAAAGAGCUAGGCUGGGCAUGA